CUGGCGAGACCCCGGAGCCUCCUCAGUCUCUGCACCCCAGAGGGCUUUUAAACCCCGUCUGGCCAUGGAUAGCCUCGACUCGAUGGGAUUUUCAGGUCUCGGUGGGAUCGGAUCACACCUGCCCGUCACUGACAAGGGUCGACCACUAUCUUCCCUUACCGAGAUGAGAUUUACUGGAUUUCAGAAAAAAUGAGUGGACGUGCUCGAGCCAGAGCAAGAGGAAGGGCACGAGGUCAGGAGACAUCGCAGCUUGUAGGACCCGUUGCAAGUCAGCAACCUGGAUAUUUGAAGCCGAGACCUCAGCAGCCAGCCUCUGAAGGUGACCUUGUUGGGCGUGGACGACAGAGAGGAGCACUAGGAGCAACGAAAUCUCAAGAGCUUCAGAUUUCAGUGGGAUUCCAGGAGCUAUCUUUGGGGGAGAGAGGAGGCCGUCGAAGAGAUUUCCAUGACCUUGGGGUGAAUACCAGACAGAAUUUAGAACAUGUUAAAGAGUCAAAAACAGGUUCUUCAGGCAUUGUAGUAAGAUUAAGCACAAACCACUUUCGACUGACAUCUCGUCCCCAGUGGGCUUUGUAUCAGUAUCAUGUUGGCUAUAACCCACAAAUGGAAGCCAGAAGACUCCGUUCAGCUUUACUUUUUCAACAUGAAGAACUAAUAGGAAGGUGUCAUGCUUUUGAUGGAACAAUAUUAUUUCUACCCAAAAGACUACAAAAUAAGGUUACAGACGUGUUUAGUCAGAUUCGGAAUGGAGAAACUGUGAAGAUAACAAUCACUUUAACAAAUGAACUUCCACCUACUUCGCCAACUUGUUUACAGUUUUAUAACAUUAUUUUCAGAAGGCUUUUGAAGAUCAUGAAUUUGCAACAAAUUGGACGUAAUUAUUAUAAUCCAAGUGAUCCGAUUAAUAUCCCAAAUCAUAGGUUGGUAAUUUGGCCAGGAUUCACUACCUCUAUUCUUCAGUAUGAGAAUAAUAUUAUGCUGUGCACUGAUGUAAGCCAUAAGGUUCUUCGAAGUGAAACUGUUUUAGAUUUUAUGCUCAGCCUGUAUCAACAGUUUGGUGAACACCGAUUUCAAGAACAAGUCUCUAAAGAAUUAAUAGGAUUAAUCGUUCUUACCAAGUACAACAAUAAAACCUAUAGAGUAGAUGAUAUUGACUGGGAGCAGAAUCCAAGAAGCACCUUUAAAAAAGCAGAUGGCUCUGAAAUCAGCUUUUUAGACUACUACAGAAAGCAAUAUAACACAGAAAUCACGGACUUAAAACAGCCAGUUUUGGUCAGCCAGCCUAAGAGGAGGAGGGGCCCUGGUGGUAUAUUACCAGGACCUGCUUUGCUCAUGCCUGAACUCUGCUUCCUCACAGGUCUAACUGAUAAAAUGCGCAAUGAUUUUAAUGUGAUGAAAGAUUUAGCUGUUCAUACAAGACUGACACCAGAACAAAGGCAACGUGAAGUUGGAAGACUCAUUGACUAUAUUCACAAAGAUGACAAUGUUCAGAAGGAGCUUCGUGACUGGGGUUUGAGCUUUGACUCCAACUUACUGUCAUUCUCAGGAAGAAUACUGCAAGCAGAAAAGAUUCACCAAGGAGGAAAAACAUUUGACUACAAUCCACAAUUUGCAGAUUGGUCAAAAGAAACAAGAGGUGCUCCAUUAAUUAGUGUCAAACCACUAGAUAAUUGGUUAUUGAUUUAUACCCGAAGAAAUUAUGAGGCUGCCAAUUCACUAAUACAAAACCUAUUUAAAGUUACACCUGCCAUGGGCAUACAAAUGAAAAAAGCAAUAAUGAUUGAAGUGGAUGAUAGAACUGAAGCCUAUCUUCGAGUCUUACAGCAAAAGGUUACAUCAGAUACACAGAUUGUAGUUUGUCUGUUGUCUAGUAAUAGGAAAGACAAGUAUGAUGCAAUAAAAAAAUACUUAUGUACAGACUGUCCUACUCCAAGUCAAUGUGUGAUAGCAAGAACCUUAGGCAAGCAACAAACUGUAAUGGCCAUUGCUACAAAGAUCGCCCUUCAGAUGAACUGCAAGAUGGGAGGAGAGCUUUGGAGGGUUGAUAUGCCUCUAAAGUUAGCAAUGAUUAUUGGUAUUGAUUGUUACCAUGACACUACAGCUGGGCGACGAUCAAACGCAGGAUUUGUUGCUAGUAUCAAUGAAGGAAUGACACGCUGGUUUUCUCGCUGUGUCUUUCAAGAUAGAGGUCAGGAACUAGUAGAUGGGCUCAAGGUCUGCUUACAAGCUGCAUUGAGGGCCUGGAAUAGUUACAAUGAAUAUAUGCCUAGUCGAAUUGUUGUAUAUCGGGAUGGUGUAGGUGAUGGCCAACUGAAAACCUUGGUUAAUUAUGAAGUACCACAGUUUUUGGACUGCCUAAAAUCUGUUGGUAAAGGUUACAACCCAAGACUAACAGUAAUUGUGGUGAAGAAACGAGUGAAUGCCAGAUUUUUUGCACAGUCUGGAGGAAGACUUCAAAAUCCACUUCCUGGGACGGUUAUUGAUGUGGAAGUUACCAGACCAGAAUGGUAUGACUUUUUUAUUGUGAGCCAGGCUGUAAGAAGUGGCAGUGUUUCUCCUACACAUUAUAAUGUAAUCUAUGACAACAGUGGCCUGAAACCAGACCAUAUACAACGAUUAACUUACAAGCUCUGCCAUGUGUAUUAUAACUGGCCAGGUGUCAUUAGAGUUCCAGCUCCUUGCCAGUAUGCUCACAAACUGGCUUUCCUUGUUGGCCAAAGUAUUCACAAAGAACCUAAUCUGUCACUGUCAAAUCGUCUUUAUUACCUCUGAACUGUAGAAGAACACAGU